AUGGACUGGGCACUACAGCAGUUCGCUCUCCAAUGUCUUCGGCUGACUUUGCUUGGUAACACGCGUGGGGCUUAUCCCGAGCCGCGGGCCUCGGACCGCCCAGGAGGCACGCGCGGUCGGGAGUCUAGCGCAGGGACUGGCCUCAGAGAAGGCGCGAGAAGCUCUCCGCGGCUCUUAGCGGCCCCUCCGAGGCAGAGGUGGCCAGGCUGGCCCUGGCGCCCGGCGCCCCGCCUCGAUGGGCCGCGUCCGCCCGCGGCGCCGGCGCGGAGUGGGUCAGGCCCGAGGGCUCCCGGCCCGUCGAGAGAGCGCGGGACGGUCCGCGGCGGCAGGUGCCCGCGGCCGGAUAGAAAGCCGGUGGACGCGGCGCGUGAGAGGAGCGCAGAGCCCAGCCCCGCCGAGCGCGCCCGUGCAGCCGAGCAACCCCGACUCCGGUGGCCUGCAGUCCCGCUCGCCCUCUGGAGCCCGGGAAGCCCAGGCCACGUCCGCCCGCGGGCAAGCGGCGGUGGCCACGGACCUGGGCGCCACGAGCUGGGCGCUGUCGGGUGGAGAACCUCUCCAACGACCCUCGCAACCGCACCACGCCCAGCUGCGGGGCCUCCACCGCCCGAGUCCAGGCGGCCCUGGCCCCAUAACACAACCCGGCGAUCGACGUCGAGUGGCUCCGAUCGGCCGCAGGUGCACGGACGUGACCGGGCGGCCGGACCAGAAUCACUGGUCCAGGUGGUGAGCGAGCGCGGCCAGCCCAAGGUGCCCACUUCCCACCGCGGGGAGGACAAGACCGUGCACCCCGAGGAGAUUUUGGCCAUGGUGCUCAGCGGGAUGAGGGAGACAGCCGAGGAGUACCUGGGCCAGCCCGUGAGGCACGCUGUGAUCACGGGGCCCGCCUACCUCGACGCCGUGCAGCGCCAGGCCACCGAGGACGCGGGUGCCAUCGUGGGCCUCAACGUGCUGAGGAUCAUCCACGGGCCCACGGCAGCCGCCAUCGUAGGAGCUGCACCGGCGAAGCGCAACCUUCUCGCUUUUGACCUGGCUGGAGGCGCUUUCGACGUGCCGCUCCUCACUACCCACUCUGGUGUCUAUGAGCGGAAGGCCAGGGCCGGAGACACGCACCUGGGUGGUGACCACUUAGAUGCGGAGUUUCCGGAGAAAGCACGGGAGGAUGUGAGCGCCAGCAAGCGUAUCAAGCGCACCCUGCCCUCCACCGCCCAGGCCGCCCGGGAGAGCUACUCGCUGUUGGAGGGCGUGGGCUUGCACACGUCCAUCAGUCAGGCCCGCUUAGAGGAACUGUCGGACCUCUUCCGCAGCACCCUGGAGCCCGUGGAGCAGGCCCUGUGGGAAGCCAGGCCGGACAAGGCCCAGAUCCAAGACCCCAUCCUGGUGGGUGGUUCCACCCGCAUCCCCAAGGUGCAGAAGCUGCUUCGGCAAUUCUUCAACUGUCAGGGACUGAACAAGAGCACCAACCCCAGUGAGGCUCUGGCCUACAGGCUGCUGCUGAAUGUGGCCCCCCUGCCCUUGGGGUUGGAGACAGCAGGUGGGGUGAAGACCAUGCUGAUCACCAUCCCCACCAAGCAAACCCAGACCUUCACCACCUACCCUGACAACAGCCGUGGGGUUCUGAUCCGGGUGUGUGAAGGUGAGAGGGCCAUGACCAGCAACAGCAACCUGCUGGGGGCACCCUGAGCUCCUGCUGCACGUGGAGCACCCCAGAUUGAGGUGACCUUUGACCUUGAUGCCAUCGGCAUCCUGAGUGUCCUGGCCACUGACAGGAGCACAGGCAAGGCGAACAAGAGUACCAUCACCAAUGACAGGGGCCAGCUGAGCCAGGAGGAGGUGGAGGGGAUGGUGGGGCAGGUUGAGCAGUACAAAGCAGAGGAUGAGGCCCCAGGCAUGACCACCAAAAACUCCCAGGAGGCCUACGUCUCAGUAAAGGGCUCCUUUGGAGAUGAAAGCCCCAGGAGGGCAAGAUUCCCGGAGAGGGCAGGCCGCAAGUGCAAAGACAAGUGUCAGGAAGUCCUCCUGGCUGAGCCCAGCCAGCCGGCAGAGAGGGAGGCGUGUGAGCAUCAGAAGAGGGAGCUGGGGCCAGUGUGUCGCCCACCUUCUCUAGGCUCUGUGUGUGUGUGUGGGGGGAAGCUGGCAUCCCUGGGGGCAGCAGUUGUGGGGCUCCAGUCUGCCAGGCACGGCCCAGUCCUGGCCCUGUUAUGGAGGAGGUAGACCGAAUGCCCCCUCAGGAUAAGUCAGCUCUGGCUGUAGCCUUCAUCUUCCGCUCCCUGUAACUGUGGGAGGUGGGGGAGACUUCCCCCCUAAAGCUGGAAGCUGCCUUCUCAGCAUGUUUUAUAACUGAAGACUUUGACAUCUGACUUUUUUCUCUUUAAUUCUCUUUUCCUACUUAGUAUCCCCAGCCAGCAGAGCCAAUAACGAAUUUGCGAUUAAUUUUUAUUAACAUUUUGGUAGCACUUUAACAUCAUUUUCUCCUUUUUUGCAUAGUCUCUGACUUGCGUGUAUGGAUUUUGUUUUGCGAAAUACAGUUAUAGAUAUAAAUAAACUGAACACUCCCUGGUUUUCCUUCCAGCUGAUUAAGCACACGACAGGGCCUUGGCUUUCAGAAGCAGCAAAUGGUGAGGAAAGAGGAAUGUGAAGGAAAUUCACAGGCUGUGUGAUUUCUCUCUGGGAAAACAGGGAAAAGGGAAGGGGUUGAGGCAGACACAUUGAGACCGUGCUGAAGUGUGCGGGCUGAUAGGGAGGAGAGAGUGGCGACAGUGCGAGAGGAGGAAGGUGGA